UGGGAGAAGCGUCGCCGCAACCCCUAUACGGUGGACCAAGAACCCACUUUGGUCAACCGUCCGUUCUGGAACCGAUUUCAGUUUGCCAUCUACUUCGAUGUGAUCAAGGCCAAGAAGAAUCUCUAUGUUGAUGCUUGCCCCAUUGACACCGAUGCUAUGGAGAAGGAUCCAGAGUACUUUGGAGAAGCCUUUCAGAUGUGCACUCAGCUGAACAUUCUCAGGAUCAUGCAGUUCAACAAGGAUUUCGAUGCGGAUUUGUUGGCUCAAUUCUAUGCCACUGUCCAUCUUGGAACAGAUAGCGACAGGACUCUGACUUGGAUGACCAAUGGCAAGCGGCUUUCUGUCAAGUGGCAGGCGUUCAUGGAGUUAUUUGAUGUGGUGGACAACGGGCUUGAGACUCCUGUCGGUUUCCGUCCUCACCGCCAUGUUACUUCCACCCACAAGCAAGCCCUUUGGCCCUACUGCACUGGGAAGGUUCAUCCGGUCACUGAGAAGAAGACCUAUGAGCUGUGUCCGUAUCUGGACAUUCUACAUCGCAUAUUCCGUGAGACUCUCUUCCCUCGCAUUGGGAAUCUGGAUCAGGUUCACUCCUACCUUGUGGACAUGCUCCUUUUCUGUCAGCAUGAGAAGGAAGCAAACACUGGAGAGAGCCUGGAUAUGUCUCAUGUCAUGUGGUCUGAACUUGUAUCUGCCGUGUCUGAGCGCAAGUGUCCUAUCUAUGGUCCCUUCAUCAUGAGGCUCAUUGAGAGGGCCUGGGCACAGACUUAUCCCAGAGUGCUGCUAGAAACUGGAGAGUUGGUGUCACAUGAGAUCAAGCGUCUGAGGAAGAAGGAUAACUGGUCAGCGCCUCACACAGGGGGUCCUUCUGCUACUGCUGCCACGGGAGGCCCGUCUGCUGCUGCUGCUGCCAUGGGAACUGAGGGUGAGGCUGCUCCUGAUGCCCACGAUGAGGACGUUAGCCACUUCAGUGCAGAACCAUCUUGGGCCCAGAAGCUCAAGCGCAAGAUGAAGAAGCUCUUCUGCAUGGAGUCUCAUGGUCAGUACAUGACUCAUGUGGCGGAGAAGAAUGCCAGGACGCGCCACAAGGAGAUCAUGCGUCAGUUGGGAGCCACAGUUGUUAGUGGGUCUGAGGGACAGAUCACUGAAGAGGAGGACUGGAUUCAUCAGAACUGUCACUGGACCGACUCCGAUGCCGAGCACUUCUCCACCCACGAUGAAGAUGCAGAGAUGUGAUGUUCAGGACCUUCCUCGCUCAUCACCUGAAGUCAUAGUGUCCCUCUCUGCCCUUUUUGGUGUCUCGAUGCCAAAGGGGGAGAGAGUUUAGGGAUUUGUGUUUGCGAGUGUGUCUUUGUGUCGUUCGUUUGCUUUGCUUUCUCGUUGUUGGUUUUGUUUGGUUUUGUGCUUGUGAGACCUAAGUUCCAGACAUAUGGUGUAAGACAUAUGCUACCUUGUUAUCUUAUCUAUGUGUUAUGCACCUCGGUAUCCUAUAGCUUGCAUGCGUUUACUACCCUAUAUGUUGUUCUCAUACAUCUUGCUUAGGUUGUUGGUCUCUAAAAUAUAGGGGGAGCCGUGAUCCUAGUAUGUGUGCCGUGCAGUCCAAAGCACUUAUCUAGUGUGCACAACAUCUAGGGAGAGCCUGUCUAUUUUGUAGAGGCAUGGGUUCUCUUGCAUUAUAUGCCAUUACUCCUUUUUGUGCAAAUCCCGUAUUGUCAUCAAUCCACCAAAAAGGGGGAGAUUGUAAGGGCAUAUUUAUCCCUACGGUGUUUUGGUGAUUGAUGACAAUGCAUUUGCAGACUAAUCGGGUGCUUUGAGCUCUUUCAAAUAUUCAUCCUUUGGCACGAAACGAUUAUUUCCCCUCGGCGCUCUACUCAAGACGGUGUAGCUUCCUUCGUGACUUUGUUGGUGGACUAAGUUCCGUAGUAGUCACCGUUCUAUCAAGAGGGGAUCUGCUUCGGUUGCAGCAAAAACAAGAUGCACAAGUUCAUCUUCAGCACGUAGGCCGUUCAACUCCGCCACCCCAGGCCGUUCACGUCCGCCACGAGUGUCAGUUCAAUGCCGCCCCGACAACCCAGCGCACGUGGAGAUCUAUAGAAGAGGUUCAGUUUCUGAACUUUUGAACGCCAAGAGGUUCAGUCCGAAACUUGGUAUGGAUGCGUAAAAAAAUCGAAGGCAGCAACUCAAAAAUAGAUGAAUGUUGGAAGGAAGAUGUAUAAGGCUGAGAGGAAAUGGCAUCUUGAGUUCAACAAUUGGUGGUUCUUCAGGUCACUUUAGCGUGCAUUUUCAGUACAUCUUCCAGGUGAAGGAGCUUCCCUUCAGUUAAUUUUGUUUAUGAAGAAAAAAGAUUGUGUCAAAAAAUUGAAGGAAUCAAUUCAAAUGGGCAUAAGGUUGAGAGGAAGUGGUCUCAGAUCACAAAAUUUCCACUGAGAAAAAAAGCCACAAACAGGUUGAGUUCACUACAUGGAAUCUGUGAGUUCAAAAGAGAAACAAGCUCAUUGUUACAACCCGACGAAUUCACAAAGGAAAAAAAUGGGAAUUAAAAGAAAACUUGUAGAAGUUUGUUGUAUGCAAUUCUGAAAGUUCGAAGUCAGGAAACCGAUAAGUUCAGAUAAAAUUAAAACUUUCAAAAAACAUGAUAGUUUUGUGCUUUGAAGUUGUAGUUGUAGAUGCUUUGAAGACCGUCGUCUCCGUGCUGCCGCUUGUCGGCAUCGGCCCCUCGAGCUGCUAACUAUCCCUGGUGCAUCAUCCUCAGUCCAAUCCCAUGGCAUUAGGGUGGCCGAGUUCGUCGCGGGCAGCAGUCCGGGUUCGUGUGCCACCGCCCGCCUGGACUCGCGGGCGCGUCGCCGCCCAUCAGCUCCCCUGCUCAUCUCCCUGCCACCAAACGCCGCCAGCUCCCCACACGCCUCCCCAUUCCCUGGCUGCACGAGUCGAUGCGCCACAGCCAUUGCGCAUGCUGCCACGCGCAGAUGGGUUUAGUGGUGAGUGCCAACCUAAACAUAGUUCUUGUGAUGAAAAAUGCCCUGCAACAGCAUAAGAUCCAUUUCAUCAUAGUAUUGGUGCUAGAUACUUUUACACAUAAUUCAUACUAAACUGUAAGUUAUCUCUGAAGCACUCUAUGAAGGAAAUUAUCUCGUGAGUUGUGUGUAGCGUUUGUGCCUGGUGGGUGUUCAUAUAAAUCCCUGGGUGGCCACUGUUGGCUAGUUUUGUGUGCUUCAAAUUUUCUAAACAAAUUAUUAGUAUGACAAAGGAUUUUUUUCCUUCUUAUUUUGCUGCACAACCAUGGAAGUUUAGAAUACAUUAGCAGUCUAUGUGCAUCCAACAGAGGUGAUUUUUUAUGCUCGAUUAAUGCAAGCCUUUUUCUGCUACUUAGUAGUUUAUGUAAAUGCUAGUGAGAUGAAUAGCUAUAGAAGUGGUUUGUGCUGAUAAUACACGGCUCAUAUUUUUCUUUGCGGAUACUUAUGCAGAACGUUCGAACCACAGCAGCUCCCAAGCCGUUCACCAUCGGCACCAUAGUCUAUUUUAUUUCCUGAAACACAUUCUAGGUGUGCAAGUACAGUAUGUGAUCUAUCAUCAGUUUAUGAAAAAGCACAUAUGACAGUACUGUGUGUGUGCAAAAAAACAGAGCAUUUUUAUUAUACAUCAGUUUUCUGAUGCGGGUGGCUAGUUUUGCAGGGAUAUUAUCACUGUAGAAGCAAGAGAUCAGCUGGGCAAUGGAACAAUAGUUGUUGAAUUUCCUAGCUGACUGUCUGACCCCCGUGAGGCCUAGGACCAGCUUGGUUACCCACUUCCUUUGGUGCGAAUUCAAGAGUGUCCCACCAAUUUAGAAUUUAUGAACAUGCUAAUGGUGUGGAGUUCUUGUGCAGCAAGGUAGAGGUCAGCUGCUCAACAUUCUGGUACCGCUCAGUACAUGUAUUACUACUGGGAAGGUUCAAAAAUCAGAACUCAACAAGUUCAACAUGGUGUAUGCCCCCACAUGAGACCAUUGAGAGGGCGCACCGUGGCGUCAUGGACUACAUCAAGCACGCGCUCACCCUCUUCACCGACUUCACCGCCGGCCUCAUCAUCAUGCUCAAGAACACAUGCGACAAUUCCGAGGACAAGAAGAAGAGGAGAAGGAGGUCCUGAGUGUCAUAUGUGCAUCAUUUUUUCUUGUUUCAAAAGUAGAAGGGGAAGAUGUAGAGGGUGGACUACUCAGGGUGAUUGCUGGUGAUGUUGUGUUGUGUUAGGUCAGCAAGCAGUGCUAAAAUUAUUUUGCAGGAAGAGAAGGCAGUGAGAAGAUGUUCCAGGAACUGAGGCUAUUCCAAGGAACAAGACCGGUAAAAGCUAGCGCAAAGGAGACUAUGUCGAGAGGUGGCGCUGCUAGACUUGUUGAUGUGUAGUUAUGGCAUAAAAAGCUGAAAAUUAUUGUAUAUUGUAUAAUUCCAUAAGCUGUACGUAGCAAAUCUGUCCAUGUGGAUCAGUACAACUUAUGUACAGCCUUGAAUUAACAAAUCUUAUAGUCAUCUUUGUAGUACUCUUCGUAACACUUUGUAAAGCAAGAGUGGCCCAUUUUCUGUAAGCAACAAUUCAGACGUAUCUAUUGUAUCAGUUCUUAAGAUUAUAUAAGAAAGUUCACUAGCCAAAA